ACGAAAUGAAGUCUGUUCUAAUUACUGGCUGCAACCGUGGCAUUGGUUUAGGACUGGUAAAAUAUCUAGUUGAACAACCAUUGCCACCAAAGUAUAUAUUUGCAACGUGCCGCAACCCGGAAACUGCUUUAGAUCUACAAAAUAUUGCAAAGAGUAACAAAAACAUUCAUAUUCAUAAAUUUGAUGUAACUGACUUCGAUAAGUAUGAUACAUUGGUCAAGAGCAUUGGUAAAGCAGUACAAGAAGAAGGCCUCAAUGUCCUUAUAAACAAUGCUGGCAUUUCAACAAAAUUCACAAGAGUCAACAUGGUAAAAGUUGAGCAAAUGACUGAUAACUUCUUGGUAAAUACUGUUGCUCCAUUAAUGUUGACCAAGGCCUGUUUGCCACUGCUCAAAGGAUCUGCAAAUAAAAACCAGUCACUUCCAAUAGGGACAUCGAAAGCUGCCGUUAUCAACAUCGGUUCAAUCCUGGGCUCCAUAACACUGAACAAGAAAGAUGGAGGAUUUUACCCGUAUCGAACCAGCAAGUGUGCGCUGAACGCAGUGACGCGGUCACUAAGCAUAGACCUGAAGCCAGACGGCAUCCUAGUAGCAACUAUACAUCCCGGAUGGGUCAAGACGGACCUUGGUGGUGCCAGCGCUCCACUUACUGUCGAAGAGAGUGUGUCAAAAAUUAUUCAGACCUUGCACUCUUUAAACGAAAAACAUAAUGGUGGCUUUAUCCAGUAUGAUGGUAAAGAACUGCCUUGGUAGGGUGUUUUUAACCACAUAAUAGAAAUGCCUUACAUAUUAUGUACAGUUGUGCAGGGCAGGUGAAGAUAAAUUUUUACAAAUGUCAAUGCAUAAUUUGGCUUUUGUACUAUUGAAUAAUUUUGAAGAAUUGCAAUUUUUUUAGGAAAAGUUUAUCAAAGAAUAACUCAAAAUAUCUUAAAAUUAUAAUGGAUGUAAUUUAUUCCAAUAUAAUAAAAUUUUAUAAAAUUUAAUAAGAUAUAUUGAAAAUAAGUUUUACAUCUUAUCAUUGCUAAAAGUUGGGAAAGCAUCAAUAAAUAACUCAUAAGCAAGAUAUUUUCUAGACACACAGGUAUAUGUAAUAUGGUUACAGUAUUGUGGAGUUAGACAGUCAAUUCACAACAGUUCUGAACCAAAUAAAAUUUAUAGUAUUAAUUGCAUUAUUGUUGUAAUUUUUAAGUACAGAAAAUUGGUUAAAAUAAUGUAGGUAUGUAUCUGGGCUUGUGCUAAUGAAAUAUAUUUUUUUGAGGUCUCAAACUUAUAACUUUGUGAGAAA